AAUGUUUUACAUAUUUCCAAUUGUAUAUGUGUGUACAGUAUGGAAUUUUGCAAAAAAGUAUAAAUAAAUAUCAAAUACACGAAUUAUUGGGAAAAAUAUUAUUAGUUUAUUUAGCUAUUAGGAUAAAAUUCAUUGCAAUUAUGAACAGAUAAUAAUGACGCAUACCACAUUCUUUUAGAAAUUUUUUUAGAUAUGAUAUUUUACUGUACGAACGAAAGAAUACGUAAAAUAAAAAAAUUAUUUCCAUUCCUGAUUUGUAUAUGUACAUAUUGAGCUAUAUAUACAGUAUCAUCUUUGCAAAUGAAAACCGUAAAAUAAAUAAAACCGUAGCUUUAAAAUAGGUAGGUGGUAGGAUACAUAUAUUUGAAUUAAAAAAAGUAGAAGUGACUAUGAAAUCCUUUAUUUCCGGUCCAAGUUGUAUCAUGCAAUCAUAUGUACCACGUGAUACACUAUUUAAAACCAACUAAAAUUCUAAAGCUAUGGUUUCGCUCAUUUGGAAAAAAAUCUUGUAUAUAAAUAUACAAAUAUAACAAAAAAAAAUAUUUAAUAUUUCUAUUAUUACUUACGAGUUAUGUUAAAUAGAAUAUACAUUAAUAAUGGAAAGACACGAAAUGAAUAUGAAUUCAAAUAAUUCUGGAUCCAUCAUGCAAACUUUAAAUAACAGUACGACACAUAAUAAUACUGUUAUGAUUAAAAAAGAAAAUCAUACAAUGGACUUGAAAAGGCUUGGCGCAAGAAUCAUAUGUUCUGAUAACAUUACUAGACAAAACUUAAAUAAGAAGCCAAGUGCUUCAACUACUAUUGUGGAUGAUGAUGAUCAAUUUUUUAACAAAAUAAAGUUAAAAAUUGACAAGAAUCUACUAUUACAUUGUAAGGAAAAUUAUAAACCAGGUAUAAAUUAUCAAAGUAUGAAUUUAUUGGAGAGAAAGAGGCCUAUAAUUGAUAUAGAGACACAGAAUGUGAUUAAAAGAUUUAAAAAGGAUACAAAUUAUAUAAAUUCUCUGCAAUCAUCAAAUAAUUCAAAUAUUGUACUAUUUAAUCAUAUUGACAAUUUUAUGAAAGAAAAAUAUAAUAUAUCAACAAAUGUUAAUAAGAAAGAUAUCAUUGAGCGUAAAAAUAUGUUUUCUCCGAAAUUUCUAAAUACAAAUUUCAGAAUUCCUGCUAGUAAAUACAUAUUUCAAGUAACUUCAAAAUUGCAGACAAAUGUGUUACCGCUACCUACAGAUGAAACAACUAUUCUUCGUGAGGAAUAUGAAGAAUCUUUAUUUUAUGGAAUGAUGUAUCUCACUCCUCCAGAUAGUAAUUCAAUCGAGGCAAAUAUAGAUUCGUAAACUUAUUAUUAUAUUACAUACAAUAUUAAAAUAUCUAAAAGAAACAUCAUAAUAAUUAUCAUAAUAUCUAAAAUAAACUGUGUCAAAUUAAA